AUGGCUACCACCACCUCCCGGUCAGCAUACGGCCUCACGAGGCAUGCCCUCAGGCAUUGCCAACCGGCGCCCCGAGUUGCGUCCGCAGCAUCCUCCCCCGCCCCGCAGUGCCUGCUCGCCGCCCGAACAUUUGCGACGGCCGCCGCCGACAGCAAGAUCAAUGAACUGCCGAGGAGGGACGAUACGUCGGAGCGGCCAAGAUGGUCCUACACACCCGAGGCCAUGAAGGCGCCCUUCUCACCGCACAUCACCAUCGACCCCAGGCGCAAGGUCUGGAAGGUGAACAACGACCCCAAGGUGCUGGACGAGAUGUACGUGCGGUUUUUGGGACGGGGCGGAGACACCAUGUUGCCUGAGGAGGUCAAGUGGCUGGCGGUUACACACAAGAGCUUCGACCAGGGCCGCAGAGGUUUCAACGACAGGCUGGCAUAUGUCGGUCGUCAAGCCAUCAUCUUCGAGACCACAAAAAGCAUAGUGGCGGCAGAGAAGGAGGGCGCCAUCGUCCCAGAUGAGUAUGGCCGUGAACCGUUCCAGCACCCGGCCCUGGCCCAGGUCGAUAACCUCAACGUCGAGAUGCCGGUCAAGGUCGUCAACAAGGAGAAGAUUGAGCAGUUGGCCUUCGAUGCGGGCAUCGACAAGGUUUUGCGGUGGAAGCCGGCAAAGCCUGAAAACCUUGCCGGAUCAGGUCAGCAGAUUGUGCUCAACUCGGCAGUCUUUGCCAUUGUAGGAGCCAUCACCCUCCAGCACGGCGCCGAUGUGGCAGGCAGAGUUAUCAGGGAGAGAAUAUUGAAGCCGCUCUCACUCAGGCAAUAA